AUGUCAUCAUCAUUGCCACCGGAUUUGCAGAUGGCGCUGGACUCUCCUGAUCCGCGCACUGUUCUUCGACUCUCACAGCAAGCCAAUUCAUUCCUCAAGGCCCAUCCUGCGCAACAACCCUCAUUCCCCUUUUCCAUGUUUGCUGCUGCUGAGACCCCCGAAUUAUGGGCAACCUAUGAACAACUUCUUCUAGCUUGCUUGAGAACGGGAGAUGAUGAAGCCGCACGCCAGUGCCUGGAACGGCUAUCAAAUCGAUUUGGACCCGCGAAUGAGCGCAUCAUGGCGCUAAAGGGCAUCUACGAAGAGGCACUUGCGCAAGACAAACCUGCUCUAGAAAAAAUAUUAAUGGGAUAUGAAAAAGUGCUCAAGGAAAACCCAGUGAAUGUGCCGAUUUUGAAACGACGUAUCGCUCUCUUACGGUCCAUGUCGCGGCCAGCGGAUGCCAUAUCCGCUCUAGUGGAGUUUCUGGAUGCAUUUCCUACCGAUGCAGAGGCUUGGUGCGAACUUGCCGAUCUCUACCAAACCAAAGGAAUGGGCACCCAGGCUAUAUUUUGCCUGGAAGAGGCUCUGUUGGUUGUACCAAACGCAUGGAACCUUCAUGCAAGACUAGGCGAAAUAGAGUACAUCUCAUCCACCUCAUCAGACAAUCAAGAAACAUCGCUGAAGCUACUGGCUGAUUCCGUCCGUCGGUUUUGCCGGAGCAUUGAGCUGUGCGAUGACUACCUCCGUGGGUAUUACGGGCUUAAAUUGAGUACAAGUCGUAUUUUAGAUAAACUACAGGCAAAAGCCGGUGCCCAAUCGAAAAGUGACGAUACCUUGCCGUCACAAGAAACUCUCACGAACCUUCAGGCCCUGUCGACUAGGAAACUGCGUGAAAUAGUCCAAUCAAGAUCAGCAGAUGUCAGGAACUUUGAGAAGAAUCAGAGUGAGCUAAUUGCUGCCAAAGAAUUACUGGGUCGAGAAGAUAACUAA